AUGACGGCUAACGGGUUGAGGAAUGUAGGGAAAUUGUUGACGACGCCGUCGAGACUGUUCAAGCUGUUGAUUCCGUUGCCGACGGCUCAUCAUAACAAGAAGCAUAUGGAUUUCGAGCCCAUUGCUAUCCUGGUUCAUCCGCAACAACCGUUGUCGUAUCUCGAAAGGCUCAUUCAGAAUGAAGUUCCCAAGAUCAAUACGCACACGGGAGAAUUGCGCUCUCCCACGGUAUCGUUCAUCGCGCUGCAAAUCGACGACAACGCCAUCCGGCCCAAGAAGCCGAUGUACGAGGAGACCGAUUCGGAGGUGAGUCGACUGGCGGAGCUGGACUCCGGUGACGAGAGUCGCGAGUCGCGACGCGAUCCGAAAGAAGAUGACGACACGUUCAGCUACCUGCGGCGCACGGCGCCCGGCAAGGCGUCCAAGGAGGAACGCUUCGUGCGGUGGUCGCAGUCGACCGAGGUGGGCGAUUUCAUCCGGGAUGCGUCGCGCGCGCGGGAGUUCAUCGUCAGCAUCGAGGGCUCGCCGGGGGGAUUGCGCCAGAUCCACGUGGCGGUUCCUGCGUUUGACGAGCGCACGCAUUUCCUGCGCAUGCGCCUGCGGAAUAUCUCGCGCAAGAUCCAGAGCAUUGCGGAGAUCAAGCACGAGUGCGACGCGCUGGCGCAUCGCGGCGCUCAGCGCGUGGCGAUCGGCGGAUUCGGCAUCCUCUCGUUCUGGUGGUAUCUCGUGUACAAGCUGACAUUCGAGACGGAUCUGGGCUGGGACACGAUGGAGCCGGUGACCUAUCUUGUCAGUUUGACGACGCUGAUGGGCGGUUAUCUCUGGUUUCUCUACCACAAUCGGGAGAUCUCGUACCGGUCCGCACUGGACUUUACGAUCAACGCGCGGCAGCGAAAGCUGUACCAGGCGAAAGGGGUGGAUCUGAACCUCUGGGAGUCGCUGAUCGACGAGGGCAACACCCUGCGCAAGGAAAUCAAGCUCAUCGCCGCCGAGUACGACGUCUACUGGGACGAGAAGAAAGACGAGCAAGACGAGCGCGUGACGGAGGCGCUGAAGAAGGAACGCACGCACAAGAAUGGAUCGAAGAAAGACGACCCGGAUGGCGACGAUCACGAUAACUAA